AUGCCUGAUCGGAGUGAAUCGGAUCCCCCCUGGUCACCCUCUUUUCAUCCUGGUGAUCGCCCCUCCACCAUUUCCGGCCCGUCCCAUCAGAAUGGGGCGGAUAUAAGGCAGUUUCGCCAGUCCUCUUCGCAUUCUGUCCACGAAGAAGUAUCAUCCCCGCCGACCCUAGAUGAUCCGAACCUGCCCUCCAGUCCUGGCCCAGCGGGUGGUGGCGGUGGUGGCGUGACUUUAGACGGGAACUUCGACACGACGGACGCGGGCAUCUCCGCUCUUAUGGCUGUCUCGCAGUAUCCCAAUGCUACCAGCCACGAAUCGAAUUUUCUUUCGGUGUCGGAAGUAGUCAAUGCGGUUAUCGAGCGCGAGGAGUACUUUCGACCGGGAGGGGUCCACCACGGACCAGCCGCAGGGAUAUCCUCGUCGUCCCCGCCAACUGAGUUGUACAUGUCGGACUCCGAGAUGACGGAUGCUCUGUCUGACCUGGGCGGUGUUCCGCUUGGGCCGCCCGGCGCGCACAUUGGUCUCGAGGGUCUAGUGCAUCAGCUGAUUGACAAUGCCGCCAUGGGUGAGAAUAUGUCGACCAUCUCGGAGGAUAGCGAAGACGAAGAGGCCGAAGGACUUUUUGGCGACUACGAGGAGCCCUAUGAAGAGGCACUGCCAAAUGGUCCGGCGCUGCAAGACGAUGAUCUGGACGAUACGCAAAAGUCGGAUUCGGACGAUGGUGUUGGUGGCGAAUACGGCGAGGAAUACAUCAACGACUCUCCGUCUCGUCUCGGACCAAACCCGCUAUCCGAGGUGGAUUUCGACGAUUUCUAUCGAGGGAUGGAUCAAGGUUUUAGCUCGCAGUUCACGGAAGAUGCGGCCGUUCCCGCCCACGGCGAUUACAACUACUUCUCGGAUGGGGAAGACCCGACGGAUCCUCACGUCGCGCCGUCCGUUGUGCAAGGAACCAUCCAUGAGAGAAAUUUCAACAUUGACCAAUUCAUUUCCCAAUGGGUUCAUUCUUCUAUCGCGGCGAUUCCCAGCCUUCCUAUGGCACCGGCACCAUUACCUCCUAACCCCCUCGCCAACAUCAUCGGCUGGAACCCACCGCAAAAGAUCGUGCGACCGACUGCAUAUGGUGGGGACUUUUAUGACAUUCAGCAAAUCCCCUGGUGGGAAGCGUUACGGGUCAAACGGUCGGACGCGCGAAACCUGCGAGAUCAAUGGUACAAAUCCUAUCAUAAUUUGGAGUAUUCCAAUCACCGACACGGGAUCAAACUUCCUCAGGAGGAGUUUUUCUUCCGAGAGAAAUCCAUGCACACUCGAUGCAGGACCACCAUCGAACAUUUCCAGCUGCGUAAUCUGAUGUCGGUCGCAGCCUACAAUACGGUACAUUUCGCACAAGAAUCCAAACUGUAUUCGUGGAUCCCCGCCUACGACGAUUUAACGUGCUUGAUUGACCUGUCCCGUCCGUCGGUGGAGACCGGGUUUCAGGGCCCGGUUAAAAUUUCUUCCAUGAAAUCUGCGCACGAGGUGGCCAUCGCGGGAGGCUUCAUGGGAGAGUAUGCUCUGCGCUCAUCGGGUGCCGAGGGCAUCGGAGCUUCGGGGUUUGUCACUCAAGAUCCCAACGGAAUUACCAACCACAUUGAUGUCGUGCCGAGUCGAACGAACCGAGCGCCGAUGGGGAUCUUCGCGUCGAACGACCGACAUCUGCGGGUGCUGGACUGCGAGACCAACACCUUCGUUGCAGACCACGAGCUGUCGCGCGCCAUCAACUGCACGGCCACGUCCCCCGACGGGCGACUGCGCGUGGUCAUUGGCGACUCGCCGGACGCUUGGGUCGUGGAGGCGGACUCGGGGCGACCGGUGCACCCGCUGAAGGGACACCGCGAUUUUGGGUUCGCCUGCGCCUGGUCUCCGGAUAUGCGACACAUCGCGACCAGUAACCAGGACAAGACGGCCAUCAUCUGGGACGCACGCACGUGGCGACCGCUGGAGAAGAUCGAGUCGGAUGUGGCGGGGUACCGAUCUCUGCGGUUCUCGCCCGUGGGCGGCGGACCGCGGACGUUGCUUUUGUGCGAACCGGCGGAUCGGAUCUGCAUUGUCAACGCGCAGACCUACCAGACGCGCCAAGUGCAGGACUUCUUCGGCGAGAUCGGCGGGGCGGACUUCUCGGCAGACGGCGGCACGAUCUGGGUGGCCAACGCGGACGAGCAUUUCGGCGGGUUCAUGCAGUACGAGCGACGACAAUGGGGGCAGCGGUACGGCGUGCGUGAUCUGCCGAACGAGUGGCUGCGGGAGUCGGAGCUGGACGAGGACGAGCGAUGCAUGUUGAGCGAACGCGAACGGCAGAUGCGAUUCUGGCGGAACAUGAGCGACGAGGAGCACGAAGCCUUGAUAUUGUAG